AUGUUAUUGCAAAAAUUAAAUGUUUCUAUUAGGACUGAUUUUGAAGUUCAAAAUACUGUCGAAAUUCCGACAUAUUCAGAUUUAACACAUUUUUUGGAAAAUAAAUGUAAAGCCUUAGAGUCAGUUCAGUUUACUACUUCAUACAAUAAUGAACAUUAUAAGGAUAAGAGCAAACAAUCGUAUCAAUCCUCUAGUUUUUCAUCUAAUAAAAAAUCUUCAGAAAUUAAAACUGGUUAUCCAGCCUUUAUGACAACAAGUAAUAACAAUGCCACACCAUAUCAAUCUAAUAAGGGGGACAAACUGAAAUGUGUACUGUGUUCAUCUUCACAUGCAUUAUACAGAUGUUUUUCCUUUCUUUCAAAAACACCGCAGGACCGGUUAAACUUUGCUCAACAACACAAUUUAUGUACAAAUUGUUUGUUAGCUUCCCAUUCUGUACGAAAAUGCAAUUCUUCUUUUAAAUGUAAAAUUUGUGGAUCUCCUCAUCACACAUUAUUGCAUCUGGAUAAAGCUAUAGAUAGUUAUGCAUCUAAUACUCCAAUCAAUUCAAAUUUCAAUCACACUCUUGACCGUGCAAUCCUAGAGUCAACUCCUGGCCCUUCUGUCGGUGCUAUGGCGAGCACGUUAUCUACUAAACAAUCUACGGUUUUAUUAUCUACAGCCAUUGUCGACAUCAAAGAUAUUCGGGGAAACUUUCAACAAAUUCGAAUUCUCUUUGACUCCGCUAGCAUGGCUAACUUUAUUACAGAAAAAUGUGUAAAUCGUCUUGGAUUACCACGCAAACGCUUUUCUAUUCCCAUUGAAGGACUUAAUGGAAUGUCGGCGCAAACAAAUCAGGGCGUCACACAUUGUACGAUUAAACCAUGUAAUGAUUCUAACCCUCUAUUUUCUUUUGAUAGUAUAAUUUUACCGAAAAUUUGUUCUGGUCAACCUAAGAUAAAUAUAAAUCCUUCGUCUUGGACACAUAUCCAGAAUCUUAAAUUAGCUGAUUAUUCAUUUCAUAAACCAGGUCCUAUUGACCUUUUAAUUGGUGCUGAAUUGGUACCUCAUAUUCUACGUUCGGGACGGAUUUUAGGUGAACCGGGUCAACCUGUUGCUUUAGAAACAAUUUUCGGAUAUAUUCUUCAAGGUAUGGCAGUUUCUGACCAUGUACCGUUACAUAAUUCAACUUUGCUAAGCUGCCAUACUUCUAUUGAAAAUAACUUAGAUAUUCAGCUUCAAAAAUUUUGGGAAGUUGAGGAAAUUCCUAAAAUUUCUAGCCUGUCUACUGAGGAUGUCCAGUGUGAGGAAAUUUAUAGAUCGCUAACUUAUAGAGAUCAGUCUGGCAGAUUCUGUGUACCUCUUCCGUUUAAAAUACAGAAUCCAUUCUUCCGUAAUACAUGUUAUCAAGCUCGUCGACCAUUUAUAUCACUAGAGUUCCGGCUUGCUAAAAAUCCAGAGCUUCGUAAAGCUUACUUUGAGUUUAUGCAGGAUUAUCUCAACAAUGGACAUAUGGUAUUGAUCCCUCCGGAAGACUAUAACUCUCCUACAGCUUACUACAUACCUCAUCAUUCUGUUAUAAAAAAUGAGAUAUCUGGACCUAAGCUUAGGGUGGUUUUUUUAAUGCUAGUUUUCGAGACACGAAUGGAACAUCUCUCAAUGAUUCUUUAUUUAUAG